ACAAAAGCCAUAACUUAAUAUUGAGCGUGUUUACUCCCAGCGUCCCUAGCGUUUGUUAUUCUUUUGCGGUCUGCCUGAUUGGCUAUUGUCCGUUAAUACGCCCCGCCCUCUGUCCAUUUAAGAAGGUCCUCGGAUACAUAGGUCAAACUUCUUUUUUUUUUACAGUCUAUGGGUCAAACCUUAUCAAACUCGUCACUAAUGUCAAUCUAUAUAUGUGGGACGCAUUACAGUUUUCAAAAAGGAGUUUGAUAAAUGUUAAAUAACAAAUUAAAAUUAAAAAACUGCUGAUUCAACCACCACUGCCUCUGAACAAUUUUGUCUGUCUUCCCAGAAUGACAGAUAACGCUGCACUGUAACCCUAAAAGGGCGUUUUAACACUUUGAAAUAUUUGUAGUUGUAAAAGUAAAAAGAAGAUACUUAAAAUAGCCUACUGGAAAUGUGCAGUUUUACCUAUUGCACUUAAAUCCACAUUUCAAAUGAAUGAAUUUAAGUAUACAAACAGCAGUGUGAACUUUUUUAAUAUCCUACCAUUCAAGUGCAAAUACGUAGCUUUUUAGUGAGAAGUCCCGCCUGUAUGAGUUUCAGGAAAUAGCAAUUUACAAAAGCACCUCCUUUGCUUUGUAAAAGCUUUUUGAGAUCACAAGAUCACACAAAUUUCACAGAUUCAGCUAUCAUUACCAAGAGACAUGACAGAGGCCCCAGGGACUGGUAGGAAUCUUUGAUGACUACUAUAGUUUCACUGAAGACAGUCCUGGAACACCAUGCAAUAAUGGCAACACAAAGGCCUUCAGUGAGGUUUUCCUCCCCACCCUGUACAGCAUAGUUUUCAUCAUUGGCUUCAUUGGAAACGGCCUGGUAGUGUGGGUCCUGAUCAGAUACCGUCAAAAAUCCAAUAUGACAGAUGUGUGCCUCUUCAACCUAGCCCUAUCUGACCUAAUCUUUCUUGUGUCACUCCCUUUUUGGGCUCAUGGUGCCAUAGAUGAGUGGAUUUUCGGCAAAUUCAUGUGUCAUACCAUAACAGGUCUGUUCAUGAUAGGUCUCUAUGGCAGCAUCUUCUUCAUGGUCCUUAUGACACUGGAUCGCUAUGUCGUCAUCGUCCAUGCCCACAGUAUCUUUUCCAGAAAUCGGUCUUCAAAAAUGGGUUUGAUUCUCGCCUCAUUUGUAUGGAUACUCAGUCUGCUUGCAUCCCUUCCUAAUAUUAUUUUUGCCAAAGAGGAUAAGACAAGCGGCAAAACUGCCUGUGGAUCAGAUUUUCCCGAAGGUACAGCCUGGAUGUCAUUUACUUACCUUCAGAUGAACUUCCUAAGCUUGAUUAUCCCUCUGAUUAUUAUGAGCUUUUGCUAUUCCCGGAUCAUCCCCACUCUGCUCAGCAUAAAAUCACAAAAAAGGCACAAAGUCAUCAGACUCAUCCUGGCUGUGGUGGCAGUUUAUUUUAUCUUCUGGACUCCAUACAACAUUGUCAUGUUUCUCAUGUUCCUGCAGAGGAAAGGCUACAUGUAUUCUUGCGAAAUUCUUAGUAAUUUGAGCCUUGCCAUGCAGUGGGUGGAAACUAUCGCCUUAAGCCACUGUUGCCUCAACCCUAUCAUCUAUGCCUUUGCCGGACAGAAGUUCAGAGGAGCAGUUCUUAAAGUCCUAAAAGAGCAGUUUCCAUUGUGCUUCAGCCAAUGCACAAAUUUCUCUCGACAGUUAUCUGAACGCAGAAGCUCAGUCUUCUCCAGAUCUUCUGAAUAUUCCGCUACACAAAUUGUAUAGAGCAAAUGGAUUCCUCCAGAGAAUUAUUUUCAUUCAGAGUAGCUCAUAUUUUUGCCAUCCCUAAGUUCCCCUUUUUAUUGAAUGUAUCGAGUUUAUCUAGAAAGUUGUCUUUGUUCUGGUUUUUUUUGACAAUUUUGUUUGACAAUAAUGAUAUAUGUUAAGUAGGAGAAUGCAGAACUUUACACUGUUGCUAAGAUGUUCUUCCUUGUGCGUGUAUAUUGCUUAUAUUGCAUAUAUAUUGGAGAUUUGCAAAUGAUACUGACAAUAGUUGUCAUAUGAAUGAUUUCAUCAGCAAUUUUAAAUAAAACCACUGUUUGUAUUUACAUCAGAAAAAGUGUAAUUUUUCAGUUAUGACUUUUUGAAAUCUUUCUUGAAGAAAUUGUAUUUUAAAUUUAAGUAUAUUUUAAGUUUCGCUUUUAAGGUUUUUUGUGUGUUUUUUAAUA